AUGCUGUUUCGCAACUUGAAAGGCGCAAAAGAAAAACUCAACAGCUCAUCUCGUCGGGUGCCCAGCUGGCACACGGUCCAAUCUCGUUAUGAAGAAAGAGGAUAUAAGUACCACCCUGAAUUGCUAAAUUUAGUUUCCCUGAGAAAAAUUGAGAAAAAAAAAAACAUCGAAGGACUCACUCCAGUCGGAUCUUGGGAUGAAUGUGUGGGCUUACCAUUAAUUAGGUCCACAUUGACGCCAACAACCCCCUCGUCGACGCCGACCUCGCAGUUAGGGCAUGUCCCUGAUAACGACUCAAUGAGAUUAACCUUAAAAUUAUGUUUUGAGUGCCUUGACCGACUCUAUGGAAAGAUGGACCAUGUUCACAAGGAAAUCCUCGGGCUGGAAAUCCUAGAGAUCCGCGCCCGCAUGACAGAGCUCCUUGCCAGGUGCGAGCCAGAAGAUGCUGUGGGGAAUUCUAGCGCAUGGGACGGCAACAUUGACCUCCAAGCAAUCGUCGAUGACGAGCCUCAGACCAUCGUACCAGUUGCGCUUUAUGAGCUCAAUGCAAUUUCACCAUUGUUGACUCCGUCCGGUGUCUUCUACUUGCCACAUCCACAAGUACUCCAAGGCCAGUUUCCGGACCCAGAGUACAGUCCUAUAGAAUCUAUCGGGAAUCUACCAGAGGGUACAGAUCGUCCCGUCGGUCAACUUUUCCGAGGUGAGUUCGCGAUCAUUCGCAGCAUUUUCAUUGAACGCUUACCAUGUGCGACCAGACCCAUUGGACAAUUUGCACCUGCCUCAUGACACAUAUUCUGAGGGGGAGGCCUUGUCUGAUUCUUCAGUCGGACACGACCAACAACUACCUCUCCCCAUUGUGCAGGGAAGGCAACAAAAAGUGAGGUGCACCCAGCCCGGGUGCUCGAAAGUUGUCAGGAAGGAUGGCCUCACUCGGCAUGUGAAUGAGACACAUCUGUGGACGAUU